CCAGCCUUUCUCCUUGUAGGUGGUAUACCUUGAAAUCCAAACCAGGAAAGAAGGAUAAAGAGCGAGGAGAAAUUGAGGUUGACAUCCAGUUUAUGAGAAACAACAUGACCGCUAGCAUGUUUGACCUCUCCGUGAAAGACAAGUCUCGGAAUCCAUUUGGGAAACUAAAGGACAAGAUCAAGGCGAAGAACAAGGACAGCGCGUCAGAUACCGCAUCAGCCAUUGUCCCCAGUGUGGCGCCCGUGGUGGACAGCGAUGACGAGUCUCCUUCCAAAGACAAGAAGAAGAAGUCAAGGAUCAAGACCUUGUUUUCCAAGUCCAACCUGCAGAAAACGCCGCUCUCCCAGUCCAUGUCUGUCCUGCCCACUUCAAAGUCAGACAGAGUGCUGCUUCGUCCUGGAGACUUUCAGUCCCGGUGGGAGGAUGAUGACGAGGAUGAGUCAUCCUCCGCCUCAGAUGUCUUGUCUCACAAGAGAACAGCCAGUGAGGAUCCUAAGCAGCUGAACCAGAUCAACUUCAGCCUCCCCAAGAAGGAAGGGCUCUCCUUCCUGGGCGGCCUUCGGUCAAAGAAUGACGUCCUUUCCCGCUCUAACGUCUGUAUCAACGGGAACCACGUCUACGUGGAGCAGCCUGAAGCCAAGAGUGAGACCAAGGACAGCUCUCCGUCCUCCUCCCCGUCCCCCCAGGGCUUCAGGAAGAAGCGUUUGUUCUCCUCUACGGAAAACCUGGCCACUCGGCCUUGGAAAGAGUCUGGGGAGGGAGGUGUCGUGUCUUCUGAGUCUUCCACAAAGGACUCUUUCAAGUCCAUGACUCUGCCAUCCUACCAGCCAAGGGGCAGCGCGGACCUUCGGGAGAACACUGCUCCAGCGACCUUGGAGGCUGCGAAAGAAACCAAAGAGAGCAAGAAACAGGAGAACAAGAAGUCCUCUCUGCUCUCCCUGGUGACGGGGAGGAAGGACGCAGCCAAGGGCAGUGAGGGUGAAAGCCCGUCUGCUGCCCCCAGGAAGGAGCAGGAAGGCCCGCCCUCGGGGGCGAAACCCCGGGAGGACAGGCCGGGGCCAGCUGAAGACCUUGGGAGGAGGUCAGAGAAAGAGCCGGCGGCUGUUGUCUCCGAACGAGGUAGAUCCCUGAACCCCUUUGAAGAUGUGCAGAUCCCAGAACCUGAAGCUGACCCACAGCCCGAGUCUCCACCUGCACCACCAGUUGCCUUGCCAAGGGCUCCCCAGACCAGAGCUGUGAAACCCCGACCUCAUCCUGUGAAGCCGAUGAACACGACAGCCACCAAGGUUGCGAACUCCAGCUUGGGAACUGCCACCAUCAUCAGUGAGAACUUGAUCAACGAAGCCAUGAUGAAGAAAUACAAGCCCUCGGACCCUGCCUUUGCUUACGCACAGCUGACCCACGAUGAGCUGAUCCAGCUGGUCCUCAGGCAGAAAGAAACAAUCAGCAAAAAGGAGUCUCAGGUUCGCCAGCUGGAAGACUACAUCGACAAUCUGCUGGUCCGGGUCAUGGAGGAGACCCCCAACAUCCUCCGGGUCCCCUCGCAGGUCGGCAAAAAAGCAGGAAAGAUGUGAGUCGUCAGCCUCCGGCACCGAGACAUUUUUGUGAAUCUGUUUCUGCCCGCUCCCAAGGCCGAGGACUCGGUGUGCCUGAGAGCCGGUGCCCAGGCUCCGAAUCCCCCGUCUCCCUUGCCUGUUAUCUGGCAAGAGUCCAUCCUGCCUGGGGAAGUCAGGUUAAUGAUUACAAUGAAUCUUUUAUUGUACAUUCCCAGGGUUUUCUUUUCAAAUGCCACUGUGCCUUUAGCCAUGUUGUAAAUAUUUUAUGCCCUGACCAGAGACGUCACAAGAUCUGAUCCUGGUACAGAGGGUUCAGAUGGCGCUGGGGUAUUAAUGUAUUUUAACAUUGGGAUUUUCCUUGUUUGAUGUUGAGAUUUUUAAAGUACGUCUCCCCCAGUCAUUAAAGCUUGGGGGGAGAUGCCAAGGACCAUGUGAUUGGGGCUGUGUUAUACAGGACUUUCUCGGCUUUUGAGUAGCUCAGGCGUGGCUUUUUGGCUGCAGAUGUGAAAUUUUGCCACCAGGUAAACCUGCCUGGUUUCUUAGACUUGGUCUUUUUGUUUUGACUGGAGCAGAGGCGUUUAGGGAGCACCUCUGAUGUGCCUUUUAAAUUUGGAACAAGCUGCCUUUUGCAAACAUCAGCUGCCACUACUCUGUAGCCUUAAAACCCAUUCUCUGUCAAUCCAGAGGGCCUGUCAUGGAGGUACAGAAGGGAGACCAGGGGGGUUAGAGUCACUUUGCAGCUGGGGAAGGCGCUCAGAGUCCCUCUUUUUGCAAUAGCAGGGUCCCUGCCGGCCAGGGUGGCCAGGUCAGUGCCUUGAUAAGGGACCGGGUGACCCAAGCAGUUACUAAAGUGGUUCCACCUGAUUUCAGCAGGACCCCUGCGGCCCUUCCCUCCCUGUGCCUUCACUGGAAUCCCUGGUUUCCUUAGCAGCUCUUCCCAGCAUUUCCCUGCCUUGUUAUAAAAUUGUGAAGAGCAAGAAGAUACUUAUUUUCAGAUCGCUAUAUUUUGAAAACUAGAUUAGCACAUAUAUAUAUUAUAUAUAUUUAAUUAGGACACUUGCCCUUCUUAACUAAUAGCACCUGUGCAGACUCUUCAGGUAAUCUCACUGUUAGUAACCUGAUACUGAUUAGUAACCUGAAAAUACCAUGUUUCUGCAUUACUCAUUUUUUCCCUCCCAGUUUUGACAGAAUCUCAUCAAAUCUCAACAUCCCCCAUGGGGGACAGGUAUCACUGGCCAAGGGGGUGGGCAGGGCUGAGAUAACAGCGGUAAUUCAAUUGGGACUCUCUUCUGUGUUCGUUCUUGUUAUACUGAAGUUAAGAAGCAAGAUUAUUGGCAGUGGAAUCCCUUUUCAGGAUCCCAUUGGCUGCCACGUGAGUUAAUAUCAGAGCACUUUAAUCUGAAGGAUGAUACUGAACUUGAUUUACCUGAUGAGCUUUUAAUUAGCUUUUAAUAUAGCUGUUUUAUUUAAUACUCUCCUCCAGUCCUGGGGACCACUGUAAACUUCUCAGAUGACUUGUUUUUUUUGUAGUGCUGUGAAAUUUAUUUACAUCUCUAUAAAGAGAGCCGUGUAUUCUCUUGAAUUCUGAAAAUGUAUGUGUAUAUAUCUGCCCUGCAAUGUGUUUUUUACUUGAUGUAAAUGUAUUUUGACUGUGAUAACCCAAGGCACUGGGGGGGCAGGUGUGCUGAGCAGUUUCUCCUGGGAAGAGCUGGUGUGAAGGCCCAAGUUCUUCCCAAGAGGUGGUGGCUGUGGAGAGAUGUGCUGCUAGGACCUCGGGUGUGGGACUCAGUCCAGGUUUGAGAGGGACAUCGGGUGGAGGCAAACGUCUCUGCUCUGAGAUACCACUUGAGAACUGGAGAAUGAAGGACAAUUUACUUCGAGGGUGUUCAGUUUCUACCACUGCUGGAAAAAAAAAAUUCAACAUGUAGCAUUCUGACACCUCUCAGAGUGGGUCACCUGGAGGCCACUGGGUAACAGCUGUCCUUGAGGACUCUACUGUGAGGGAGAACUCACCUGGGAAAGCUGGAGCCUGCUCGGAGCCAGUAGCAGGGGCUGGUGGGUUGGAGGGCUGGAGCUCCUGCAGCUGGCGUGGGGCUGAGGGCUUACACCCAUCUGUCUGCACAGGGAGAGCCCAGAUUUGCCUCUAGCUGCUGUUAGUGCUCAUGGAACUGAUGGGCCCUGGGAGGGGGCUAUGCUCUGGAGAAGCAGGAGCAGCUUGCUCUCGGCCUUGCCUGGCUGCCCUCCGGGAAGAGCAGUCAGAACUUCAGGGACAUAUCUGAUGAAAUACCAAAUACCUUGCAGCGAACUUCAGUUAGAGGCCAGCUUGCUGAAAACAUGUCAAUCCUUUGCCCGGUUGUUUUCAUAUCAUCUCAGUCCUUGGACUUUGGCAGAUGUCCCGCCCACCCCUUUUAUUUCCUGAAUGUCAACCUCCUUGGGUAGCAGAAUGGAGGUGCACGGAAGUCUGCCAUUUGCCAUACAGACAGGUGAACAACCAUGACCCCGGGUGGAGGGGUGUGUGCGUGGUGAAUGGGAUACGUAAAUGGGAUACAGCUUUGCUAACAGUGGGGGCUCAGAAGGGCAUAGAGGGAGGAGGAGCCACGACACUCAGCCACAGGCUGGAUUGAAGACCAAAGGCGAUUUAAUGUUAAAGGAUACAGAUCUUCCUUCCCUGGGCGCCUUCUCCCCAUCAGCCUUUUUUCCUUUUUUAGAACUACUCAGCAAUGAUCCCUCAAGGCUGUGAAAGAUCUGUUGCCUUAGGUGGAGCGCUUAACCUGCUAGUAUUCGUAUCAACCUCAACCCUGUGAUUGCGCCUGUCUAUUAUGUGAGCUACUAACUUGACUUCUUCCUCCUUCUGAUUGAAAGCCCACCCAGCAUUUUUGGAUUAUAGAAUUAUUAUUUCCUGCUUUGUUACUUGGGGAAUUUUGAAUUUCUUUGGUUUUGUCUUUAAGAAGUAACCUAAAAUUUCCUACAACACUAAAUAAAAUGGUACUACCUUUCAGAAA